AUGAAUGGCGAAAAUAAAAAGAGGGAAGAGUCCUUUGGUGAAAAGUGCCUAGCAACCUAUUUCAAAAACUCCUCUUACAUAUUUUCCAAAAGCGGAAGAGAUUGGUCUAAUAACAGGAUUGUCUGUAUCGUCCAGGGAGGUAACUUAGUUUCCAUCGAAACUGAAGAAAAAUGGCAGUUUAUCAAUUAUGAGAUUCGAAAGCGUGGUACUUGGAACACUAGUACGUGGCACAUUGGUUUAAGGAAGAGAGACGGGGUUUGGACUUGGGAGAGUGGAGAACAACUGAAUGUUUCGAAAUGGCAAUAUCUUGAGCCAGAUUCUCACGACAGUUACGCGGAAAUAUCCGAGAACGGAGGCGUCUUUAAUGGUAUCUCUAAGUGUGAUGAUAAAGCCUAUAUCUGCGAGGUGCCCGGAGAAUGGCAAAAUGUAACUUUUCAAAACUCUUGGUACAUAUUUUCGGCGUAUGGAAGAUACUGGCUCUGGAACAGAGUCACCUGCCAAAACCAAGGAGGGGAUCUAGUUUCCAUUGAAACCGAAGAGGAAUGGAGUUUCAUCAAUGACGAGAUUCAAAGGCGAAAUAAUAUCCACUCUGACAUUAAAUGGAGUAUUGGUUUAACCAAAGGGGCCGCGAAUUGGACCUGGGUGAGUGGAAGACCGCUGACUAUUUGCAAAUGGGGACAAGGGGAGCCAAGUGCUGAACACGACGCGGCAUUCAUGUACAAGCUGUCUAGUAAUGGCGAACGGGGCGUGUUUGGUAGUGGUGUUAGCAAUGUUACAAUUUGGGAAAAGUGGCACGCUUAUAUUUGUGAGAUUUCCAUGG